AUGGCAAGUGUAAUCAAAGAUGCUGUCUCCAAUGUUCUUGGAAAGAUCCAGGGCACCGCCACUCCAGAGGUUCCUCGUGAACCCUCAGUGGAGGAGUUCCAAGCACUACAGAAGAAAUACACAGAUGCUGGACAAAGGCAUGUCUUCGCCUUCGUCGAGGAAUUGACCACCGUCGAGAAGUCACAGCUCUUCCACCAGUUGUCCAACUUUGACCCCACUCGGAUCAACGAGCUGGCUGAUAAGUCCCUCAACCCUCCUCCCGCCGAGCAAGGGACCAAAUGGUACGAAGCUGGCCUGAAGGAGGUGGCGGCGAACAAGGUGGCCGUGGUCUUGAUGGCUGGUGGACAGGGUACCCGGCUCGGUAGCUCGGCUCCUAAGGGCUGCUUUGACAUUGGUCUGUUGAGCGAGAAGUCGCUAUUCCAAUUGCAGGCUCAGCGUAUUCUCAAGCUGCAGUCUCUCAUCGGUGGUCAGAACGUGGUCAUUCCCUGGUACAUCAUGACCAGUGGACCUACACGUAAACCCACCGAGGAGUUCUUUGAGAAGAACAACUACUUCGGUCUCGACAAGAGCAAUGUUAUGAUCUUCGAGCAGGGUGUUCUGCCUUGUAUCUCCAAUGAUGGCAAGAUUCUGCUCGAGACCAAGGGCAAGGCCGCCGUGGCUCCUGAUGGAAACGGUGGCAUCUACCAGGCCCUCGUGGUCUCCGGUGUGCGCGAGGACAUGCGCCGCCGUGGCAUCGAGCACAUCCACCUCUACGGAGUGGACAACUGCCUUGUCAAGGUAGCCGACCCGGCCUUCAUUGGCUUUGCUGCCUCCAAGAACGUCGACAUCGCUACCAAGGUGGUGCGCAAGCGCAAUGCCACUGAGUCCGUGGGUCUGAUCCUGUUGAAGAACGGCAAGCCCGACGUGGUCGAGUACUCCGAGAUUGACAAGGAGACUGCCGAGGCCAAGGACCCCAAGCAGCCCGACGUUCUCAAGUACCGUGCCGCCAACAUCGUCAACCACUACUACUCCUUCGGGUUCCUCGAGUCGAUCGAGAACUGGGUUCACCAGUUGCCCCACCACGUGGCGCGCAAGAAGAUUGCCUGUGUCGAUACCGAGACUGGUAACCUUACCAAGCCCGAGAAGCCUAAUGGUAUCAAGCUGGAGCAGUUCGUCUUCGACGUGUUCCCCAUGACCCCGCUUGAGAAGUUCGCUACCCUUGAGGUGCACCGUCACGACGAGUUCUCUCCUUUGAAGAACGCCCGUGGCACUGGUGAGGACGACCCUGAUACCAGCCGUGCGGAUAUCAUGGCCCAAGGUCAGCGGUGGGUUGAGGCUGCUGGUGGUAUUGUUAUUACUGAUGGCGAGGCCACUGGUGUUGAAGUUUCUCCUCUGAUCAGCUACGGCGGUGAGAACCUGGAAUUCCUCAAGGGACGGGAAAUUAAGGCACCGGCCAUCCUGGAACGGGAAGAGUAG